UGAAGUUCCGCUGCGGGGCGGUUCCUCGGUUCCUCGGUUCCUCGGUUCCUCGGUUCCUCGGUUCGUCUCCCCGGUUGCCUCCCCUGGCCGAGCCCCUGGUCAGCCGUCCGGUGGACGGGCAGAAGCGGAGCAUGGACCCCGGAGCAGCGGCUCCUCGGCCCGUGAACGCGGUGCCUCCGUACGGCCACGUUAUCUGCUGUGAGAAGUGGAGGAACUCAGCCCUGGUCCAGAGCCUCAGAGGCGGAGGGGUGAAGAUCCUCUUCGAGAACGAGCUGGGCGUGGCGGAUUUCCAUCUCCCCAACAGGACCAAGGUCCUCUACGUGUCCGAGAGCGACAUGGUGGCUGCCAACAGCUACAAGAGGAAGCUGGUCCGCUUCAGAAACCUGUGUGUGUGGCUGCAGGCCAGCAGCAGCUUCCAGCAGCUGGUCCUGGUGGAGCAGACCGUCCUGAGCCAGCAGUACUUCGCGGCCGUCCAGAGGUUUGUGUCGCUGGACCUGGGCCUGGCCCUGCUGCCGGUGGGGGGGCAGGCGGAGGCGUCACAGCUCGUCACUCAGAUGAUUCUAACAGAAGGCCGGGACAACCCGUUCGGUCGGAGGCCCCCCUGCCAGAUCCUGGAGCCGGCGGUCCUGGCCGCGGUCCGCCAGAUUCCCGGGGUGGGCCGGGUCAAAGCCCUGGCCCUGCUGCAGAGCUUCUCCAGCAUCUGGGAGAUCUGCAGCGCCAGCCCGGAGCAGCUGGAGCGCGUGGUGGGCCGGGCCGCCGCCACGCACAUCCACGACUUCUUCCACACAGACAGCGCUGCUGGGAGCUGAGGAGGCGCUGCAGUGCGUCUGCUUGACCAGCAGGGGGCAUAAUUCAGCUCUACUACAGCACGUCGCUGUGCUGCAGCCUCACGUGCUGUCCAGCUUCGUUCCGCUGAAGCUGUAAAUAACGUGGAAGAACCAGUUCUGACCCGCUGAAACAGAUCAGUCACGUCCGAAUGGUGAACUGAGGAGUCAUUCUGCUGACAUUUAUUUUUUAUUUAAAUGUGUGGAACUCAACAGAUUAUUUUAAAACUUUAAUUUGAUCAGAAUGUAAAUUCAGAGGGUUUAGAUUUGGACUCCCAUCAUCCUGUCCUCAUCAAAGUACUGAUCCAGGACAAGAACCCAGAGAGGGAUCAGAAUGUGUGAAUCAUGAGUCUGACAUUAAUAAACGUCUGAGAGAGCA